AUGCCAUUUUCAUCAACAACAGCUGCAACCGCGAUAAUAACAGAACCAGUUCCAAUAUUACUGACCGCUGUUAAUGGGUCGAUUGAAGGUAUAUACUCUACAAACAUCGGUGGCCCUAGCUAUUUAGGCAGCCCACCUUUCUCUUCGGGCAUUCAACAGGGAGCAGAGGCGUAUCGAGCAUGCGAUGGUGAUAUAUCAACAAAAUAUCGAAAUUUUGGAUCCUGUUUUCAAGAAGUUCUUGCCACGAACUGUGGUUUGAAUACUGGUUUCUAUCUCGAAUUACAACGUGGUCUAACGUUAGUUACUGGAUUACGAGUGUGCACUGCUGAUUUCCCUUCAGAAUAUGAUCCAUUUGUUGUGUCUUUAGAAGGAAGUAAUCUGUCCAGAGACAAUCUUACUCAUGGUACUAGUUGGACUCUGAUAUACAAUGGUGCAAGUGGACUCCACACAGAUCCUGGUCGAAAGAGUUGUGGGCCAAUACAAUUUUUCAACAAUACAAUUCAAUAUAAGAGUUAUCGAUUUCUUGUGUCUCAUAAACGUGGAAUAGCAGACAGUGUUCAGUAUUCUGAAGUAAAGCUGUAUUAA